GACAGGGAGGAAGACUGGUGGAAAAGUCUACGUCUGGAGAGAAAACUACCUUGCACGAGCCUUCAAUAUGGGGCUCAGAGGACUUCACCUCUUCCUCUCGCUGAUGUGUGUUGUUGCUGUUUUAGGGUACAGCUACCUCCCAGUGUGUCCGCCAGGUCCGGCAGGACAAAAGGGUCCUCCCGGUCCGAAGGGGGAGAAAGGAGACGUUGGACCCGCUGGAAUUGAUGGAUCAAAAGGCAAAAAAGGAGACCAAGGAGAUGCGGGGGACGACGGGAAGGGAGAAACUGGAGACAAAGGAGAAAAGGGCGAUAUAGGCGACGCAGGACCCAAAGGGGAAAAAGGCGAUAAUGGCGAUGAUGGACCAACGGGCCGGAAUUCUCCUAAAGCGCCCAAAGGCGAUAAAGGCGAUAAAGGAGAUAAAGGAGAUAAAGGAGAAAAGGGAGACAAAGGAGAUAAGGGCGACCCUUGGUACUACUACCCCGGACAAAUCGUGUGUCCGCCAGGACCGCCAGGGCCGCCAGGACCCCGAGGUUACACCGGCCCGAAGGGGGAUAAGGGAGAUUGUGGCCCCUCGGGAAGGGACGGUCCCACAGGCCCAAAAGGAGAUCCAGGACCCAAAGGAGACUGCGUGCAAGGACGCCCAGGACUGCGAGGACCAACGGGAGCGCCGGGCCUCAGAGGACUCAAGGGGCUGCCCGGUGAUAGAGGCGACCCAGGACCCCCGGGCAGGAAUUGUGCACUAGCGGAGAAAGGCGAUAAAGGCGAUAAAGGUGAUAAAGGAGAUAAGGGAGACAAAGGGGACAAGGGUGACCCUGGACCUUAG